AUGUCCAGUCCGUCAAAUAACCUCCAGCAGCCUACUCCGGCGACGUCGUCCGGAGCUCCAGGAGCGCCAUCAGGUGGACCUCCUCCCACCGGCGCGCUGAACCAAUGGGCCCAGAUUCCCGCCUCCGGGCAGGUCUAUUCCGCGAGAACCGGCCACGUGGUGAUCAGUUUUCAGGACCCCAACCGAACGGACGAGGUCAAGUUCUACGUCUUUGGGGGCACGGACGGCUCCGCGAGGCAAGCAGAUGUGCACGAGUUUAACACCAGAACGAACGAUAUCGAUUGCAAAUAUUUCUGGGCCUGGAAGGAUGCGAACUUGUGACGCGCAUUUCAUAACACACGCAAACCUCUCAUGCACAGGCAGCAAAAGAUGCCCACUUCCUGUCACCAAAAUGGGGCAUUUGUUAUGCGGAUGACGCAUUGCAAAACCUUAACCUUCACGAAACCUGUGAUGCUAGGGCGUUCAUGCCAGACCUUCUGUGUCAUGCGAACCAGCAUGACACCUUUCCUUCCAGGCCCAGACAUAUUGAUUUGCAUUUGAUAAACGAGUGGCACGCGGUCCGCGCCCACGGCACCCCGCCGGCGGCGCGGUCGGGCGCGCAGGCGGUGUUGUUCGAGGGCAAAGUGUGGGUGUUCGGCGGGUACACGAGAAAGGACGGGGAUUACUUCAACGAUGUGUACGUCUUCCAUUUACCCCGGGAAGGCCAGCACGCGAAGUGGGAGUGCAUGACUACGCAAAUCGCGGGCGAGGCGCCGUCGAAGCGCACGGACCAUACGACGGUGUUGUUCGGGAGGAGCAUGUGGGUGUUCGGUGGCUUUGACGGAAGAGUAUGAAUUGCAAAAGUAUCGUACUCGUAUAAAUGCAUGAAAAAAAUAAAUGCAUUACAAAUUUUCUCAGCAUGAGGCAUAAAAUUUGUAAUGCUGAUUUAUCUUAAGAAGAAGAUUUGUAUUGCGUGAUUGCAAUAAACGAGUACCAUACUUUUGCACAGGAUAAAGAACAAGGUUUAACGAUCUGCGGGAAUUGCGGCUGGGCGUGUUUUAUCAACUGCAAAAAUGUCUGGGUCUGAAGAUUGCCAGGUUUGUCAUGCAUAUUUUGAAUGACCCAUGAUGUCUGUGAUGCAUGCCCUAGCAUCGCAGAUCUUUAGAGGACUUUGCGAUGCCUCUAUCGCAUGAGAAAUGACCGCUCCGCGUAGCACAAACUGGAGUCCUCUUCCUGGUCAUGCAUGACAAAUUUUUUUAGAAUCCAGAGACAGCAUUACAAGUUUAGAAUCUUCCAGACCCAGACACAUUUGCAUUUGAUAUGUUUCCGAGUGGGGGUGUCACGGAAUCCAGCUCCGUCCCGCAAUCCCGGCAUCAGUCCGCCUGGAUACAGAUCUCCACCCGGACGCAGCGACCCAGGCCGCGGUUCGGCCAUUCCGCGGUCACGUACGAGAACUCCAUGUACAUCUUUGGUGGUUGGGACGGCCACCAAACGCUGCAGGAAUUGCAGGAAUACAACUUCAACACGAAUGCCUGGCAAGCCGUCGGCACGGGCGGGGCGGGCGGCGGCGCCAGCGUCAAUCCGGCGAAUUUGGAGCAGGGUGUAUGCAUUGCAAAAAUUCAUCACUUGUCGCACUCAUAGAAGAAAAUUUUUGCAGUGACGCAUGGCAAAUCCGAUUGCUUUGUUCUAAACAUGAAUCAGCAUAUAAAACAAUCUUCAUUUUUGCUUUUGAAGAAACUUGUCAUGCGAGUAGUACACGAUAACGUCGAUUAUACUUUUGCAAUGCAUAAACUGGUAACCCGAACAAUGUCCGGAAUUCCGCAAGCACGAACGGGCAGCAGAACAACAGCGCCGGUCUAUUACAAUAAAAAAUACCCCCACACCAGAAUUUGCAAAAGUUUCUCAUGCAAAGUUUCCAAAUAAAAGAUUUUUGUCUUGCAUGACAGGACUACGAGCCUUUCUGAUGCAGAAUUUACAUUCAGGUGCGCAAGGCAUCUUUUGCAUAACAGAACCGGCUACUGUUGGGCCCCUUUGCAAGACAAAUUUUUGCUAUUCACGAUUGGAAGUCUGUGAUGCUCAUCGAUGCAUGAGGGCGAAUGUUUCAUUUGGAAAGGUUUGCAAUACAAAUGCUAUCAAGUUCGGGGGUGGGGGAAUUUUUCAUUGCAAUACGGUCCGAGCGCCCGCUACCGACACAGCGCGAUCGUCUUAGCGAAUAGCAUAUCCACAGUAAAUUUCCUGUACACGUACAAAUGCGGUCUCUGCAUGGCAAACCUAGGCUUCGAUCCUAGUUUAGCAUGACAAGUUUCACACUCCAAAUUGGGGAAAUUUGUGAUGCAUCUUGUACAUGUGCGGGAAAUUUGUGUUGCAUAUAGCAUGUACGUGUUUGGCGGGGUGGAUAAAGACCAAAAGCGCUUCAACGACUUGUACCAAUUCGAUUUCUUCCAGCGCCGGUGGUCCUACGUAGACGUCAUUGGCGCGGUGCCCCGGAAUCCAUCGGAACCCGAAUUGGUUGGCGGGAAUGUGCCGACGGCGAGAACCUUUCACCGGGCUGCGGUCAACGAAAUUAGCGGCAAGAUGUACAUCCUGGGCGGGUUUGACGGCCGGAGACAGAACGACUUGCACGUCAUCCAAGUGGUUCCCCACGUGUCGCAGCGCACGCCGUCGGUGGUGGGCCGCGCGCGUGGGGUCGUAGCAGGAACGGGAUCUUCUUCCUCCUCGAGUGCACCACCGCCUCCACCGGCGAACCAGCAGUCGGGCAUAUUCAGCGGAAUCACGAACAAUUUAGGGUUUUUCAACCCAGGCUCACGGACGAACAGCACGGGAAGCAACGCUGCCGGUGGAGGACCGCAGCCUCUCGUGUCGGGGUCCAGCGGGGACUUGCAAGGCAUGGCAUCGGUGGAUACGACAGUGGACGGGGGAAUAGUGGGCGAUGGAAGCGAGGUAUAGUGUGUAGCUAGUGCUUCUAUUUUUUUUGGUUGUCGUUUCCGUUUGUGAUGCAAAACACGAAACCCAAGCCCAACAAACAUUUACAUUAUCCUCUACUCCUCCCACAGGCCGCGACCGCUCUGAUGCCUGAGGAUUUCUGGAAGUGGCAGGCGAUAGAACAGCACGGCAAGAUAUAUACGCCCCGGACAGGGCACGCGGUGGUGGUGUAUGGGAACAAAUUUUACCUCAUGGGCGGGACGGACGAGAGCGUAUCAAAUGCAAAAAUGUCUGGGUCUGGAAGAAUGCAUGUUUGUCAUGCUUGUCUGGCAUGACUCUUAAAUCUGUCAUGCACGUUACCCAAGAGCCCCAUUUUUCUGCGAUGCAGAAACGCAGUUUGUCAUGCAGAAUAGGCAACACCUAGAAGCUCAGAAACUUGUCAUGCUGAGCCAGCACUUGUGGCCCGAUCAUGAGACGCCACCCAGCAUCACAAGUUUCCAGACCCAGACAUUUUUGCAUUUGAUAGAGCGCGCGGCAGAACGACAUCUACUGCUUCGAUUGCGAAACGAACAACUGGACUAUGCUGCAGAAUAUCAAAGGUAUACACGGCGAUGUUGACUCACCAGCAGUUUGUGAUGCUGAUGCGCGGUCUCCUGAGUCGAAGUACUUUUGAUUGUAUUGCAUGUCAAUCAACAUGUAAUCGUAAUUAUGUUGCAUGAGUGAGACUGUUGUUUCCGCAUGCCACCUCACAACUGAACAACAGGCAACCCGCCCUCCGCCCGGUCCGGCUCCAAAGCCAUCGUUUAUUCCGACUCAAUCUACUUCUUCGGGGGCUACACGAAGAAGGACGGGGAAUACUUUCAGGACCUUUACUCCUUCAACCUGAGAAGUAGCUUCUGGCAAAAAAUCAAAGCGGAGAACGAAGAGCUCCGACCCCAUCCGAGGACCGAUCACACCUGUUGCAACUACGGACCGAACAUCUUUGUCUUCGGUGGGUUCGAUGGCCGCAGCAGAUUUGACGAUCUGCGCAGGUUUUCUAUCGACUACAACCGGUGGGAACACAUCCCGCAGCAGCAGGCAACACCGAUGGCAAGGUACUUAUAAUUUUGAAUCGUGUACUCUGCUUUUGAUCAUCGGAACGAAGGUUUCUUGCAUUCCAUGACUUGAUGUAUGAGAAGCAGUGUAGCGUUUCGCAGGCCGUACUAAACUUCUACUUUCCACAAACUCAGGUUCGGUCAUUCUGCCUGCAUGUAUGGCAGCUCCAUGUACGUUUUUGGCGGUUGGAACGGGCACGAUACCCUCGACGACCUCUCCGAGUUUUCCACCACCACCGGCACCUGGUACCACAUCCCCGGACGGGGCAACGUACCCACAAGUCGCUACCGCCACUCCGCCAUCGUGUACGGCUGCUGCAUGUUUCUGUUCGGCGGGGUGGACAAGCAGCAGAACCGUUACAACGACCUCUACGAGUUCAACUUCGACUCGAGGAAUUGGUCAAGGAUUAACACCAGCGGCGAAAUCGCGAGACCGACCCCGCGAACGUUUCACAAGGCGUGCAUUUACGGCGGGAGGAUGUACAUCUUAGGUGGCUUCGACGGACAAAGACGGAACGACAUGUACCGGAUAGCGAUCAUCGAGGAGCGGACCGAAGAAGAGAAGAAGCAACAACGGGGGCUAGCCCAGCAAAUGCGCCGCUUGCGGGAAGACGGGCAGCAAGGGACGUCCGGAGAGCCGAAUUUAUUUGCUGGGGAGGAGGAUGACGAUGAGGAUAUGGGGACAAGUUUAAAUGGAGGAACUUCCGCGAACGCAAGUUUUCUGGAAUCCACCCCCGGCGGCGUAGCCACCUCGGCAGCGAGCAGUGCCGGACUUGCGUCUCCGACGCACGCCAUGCGGUCGGAGCUAGUGAGCUGUAAAAAGCAGAUCUUGGAAUUGCAGAAGAGAUUGGAGCGCGAGGAGGAACGGCACAUCUGCAAGAUCUGCUACGAGCGGGAGAUAAACUCGGUGAUCCUGGAUUGCAACCACUGCACGGCGUGUACAAGAUGUGUGGCCCAGCUGGAUUCCUGUCCGAUUUGCCGCACCGUGAUGCGGAAGGGGUGGAACGAAAUUUUUUUUCAGUAAAAAGAAAAACGGGGAGGAUUAGGAUACUAGGAAGGUGGGCGCGGAGGUCGCACUUGGUCCUCGGCGUAGAGGGUGGAACAUUUGGUGUCAUGUUCAACCAAUUAUACUUUUUUUCAACACGUUCACGUUUACAAAUACAAACACAAAGCUUAGGCUUGCAAUGCAGGCUGACGCAGCCGAACGAGCGGACGCUCCCCGGCAACCUGCUGGCUACAGCUUAUCAAAGAAAAAAAGUUCGUCACGAUCACUCAUGCGCAUUUUUGCAAUACAAAAUUGUUUGCCAUGCGUGAAAAUGCAUCACAAACUUCAUAAGGGAUUUCCCUAGUGUUUCUGCAAUACAAGGAAAGUUUGUGGCGCUGGGAAAAUUUGUAAUGCAAAGCCUGCAAGUUAGUGACUGUGACAAACUUUUUUCUCUCCAUGCAGCUUCUAGAAGUUUCAAUACCAAUCAAUUCACAAUGACAGCGACAACUGUCUAUUAACACAAAGUCCAUUUACCGAGAAAAUCGAGAAGAAAGUCGAAAAUCAAAUUGUCAAUUGUCAAACGAGGAAAGCACCACGUCGAGCUGGGAUCUGAUUCUGAUGGAAUAAAUCACCACGGCGCCUCCAGGUGGUCAUGAUCCGCAGAGCAGAAGAUUCGGUCACGAUAAGUUGUUAUCGUGUACCAUAGCAGGUAUUACCAGGACCAGCAGCGCUGCAUAUUCGUUGAGAAUAAAGCUGAAUUUGUCAUGAAUAAAUCGGAAUGAUGCAUCAUGCUUAUCAUGAGCCUGUAGCAGUAGCUGAAAUUUGAAUGUGCUGUAAACUCCAAAAUGCACCUAUUUUUUUUGUAUGAAGAUGGACCACGACGCAAAUGAACACAAAAGAAAAAAAAGCGCACGAAAAUAACGCGGAACGUCAAACCAAAGCCAAGUCACAGCUCAAUGCGAUUUGGUCAGCAGAGACUGACGAGGAUGCACUUUCAAGACUUCUCCCACUGUGUGUACCGCUCUACUACUACUGUGUCUUCAAAAACAAAGAGUCUGUGGCUGUCAGGACUUGA